ACACACACACACACACACACACAAUAUUAAUCCCUUCAAAUACCAAACCCUUCAGAUUUGUCCAGUUUUUUCUUUGUUUUCUUAUAUUUUUGCAUUUUUGAGAAUCUACCCUUAAGCAUGAGAUCAGUUAAAUGUUGUGUCACUUUAAACUCCCUGCAGAAAAUGACGCCAUCUCUUUAUAAAAAAAAUAAAUAAAUCCACAAAUUCUUUUCAUAAAUAAAAUCAUUUUCCACAGAGAGAGCCAGUGUAAAAGUGAUCAUUUAUCUAGGCCAAUGUAGCAUUCAUAUUAAUAUUUAUAUGACCUGUGAGUACCAUUUGUAAUGUUUUGUCAGCAAUUUUUUAUUGCUUUUCAAACAUUGUGGUCACACUUGCUUGGUCUUCUUAAUUUGGGCACUAUAGACGAAACGGUAGGCAGCUGAAAUGGCCAGUGAAUUGCUCUGACUCUUUGCUAUUUCUGUCAACUGAAGCAAUAAACAUUGAGAUCAUGUUAGUAAAAAAAAGGCACUGAUGCAUUUGCUGAUUAGGAUAAAUAGUUUUUUGAUUAGGGCUUGUUUAUGGGGGAGUACUGUUAUGGCAUCCUGUCUCUUUUGCCUAAUACCCAGAGGCACUUUGGGUGAUAAAUUCACAUAGUGACACCAAACAAACCUCCUAAAUGUCCAAACUUUCCCCAAAUACAAAUGAUAUCUUUCUGUAUUCAGUGGUUUAUAUGAUUCAUAUGGCCAUGUGCUUGGCUUGUCAGAAAUGGAUUUGCGUGCUGCAUGUUAGCAGAAAUGUCAGUGCUGCUGGUGAAGUCAUCUGUGUAAUGAAGAAAGCAUGAAUUUCUCUCAUUCUCCUAGUGGAGAAAGAUAUAAACUAUAGAAAAGUCGUGGUUAAAUAUAGACCUCUGGUCUGUCGCACUGAUUUAACAGACAGGAACAUUACCCUGAAUGAACCAGUCUUCUUCUUCUUUUUUUCCAGUUACUGUAAUGGUAAUUCUUAUUGCAGCAACUUCUAACCAGCAUGUUUCCAUCACUGAGGUUUCAUGCAGGAUUGAUUUUGACCUCAAAACCAUUUCCUGUCAUGUGACCAUGUCGUCAAUAUUUGGAUUAGGACGCAGGUUUCCAACCCUGGUCCUGGACUAUCCCCUGUCCUGUACAUUUUGGUGUUUUCCCAGUGGUGCAGCGGGUACCAUAGCAGUCUCACAGCUCCAGGGUUCCCGGUUCAAUCCUGAGCUCGGGGUUACUGUGUGUAUGGAGUGGGUUUCCUCCAGGUUCACAGGUUUCCUCCCACCUCCCAAAAACACGUCAUUAUAGGUCAACUGGCUGUGUGACAUUGCCCCUGGGUGUGAAUGUGUGUGUGAUAGACUGGCAUCCCAUCCUGGGUGUGUUCCCACCUCACACCAGGCGUUCCGGGGAUAGGCUUCAGAUCCAGGAUGAAGCAGUUAAUGAAGAUGAAUGAAAGAAUGAAUGAUUCAACUAAUCAGCUAAUUAACAGCCCUAAGUGUGUGUGUGUGUGGGUGUGUGUGUGUGUGUUAGAGCAGGGGAAACAGUACAAUCUGCAGAACAGGGAGUUCUCCAACACCAGGGUUAGGAUCCUGUGCUUUAGGGAAAUAAGCUUCUGGUCCAUGUGAUAUCAGAAGUCAUGACAAGCAGCACUUUCACUUCUCUGUUAGAAGAAAAAAAGCCAAGAGCGCAUGCUCAAAAGCACAUACGUUCAAACCUUAACCGUUAAAAUCCUCGUAAACCAAUAACAUUGUGAUGUGUAACGUGGCCAUGAUGUGAGCUCAGGUUUGGACAGAGCUAUCUCUCUGUUUCUGUUUCUGUGUGUGUGUGUGUGUUAGAAACAAAGCGGAAUGACUGGCUAGCGGUUUCGGAGGGGAAAUCGCAGAAAACAAAUACACCCAAUGCUUCUAAAACACGACUGUGUUUAAAAAUAGGAAUGAAACCAGUACUAGACAACACGAACACGUACAAAAUGUACAUAACAACACUUAUUAUCAACGAGUUUUUCUGUUAAUAAAGAAAACUAAAAAUCGUCGCCCCCCCCUUUUUGUGUGCAAUGGUGCAGGCCGCUUUUCUGGCUUGUCUCCUGCAUUGCCACAUCUCUGUGCCGCUCUGUUAGAGAGGAUCUCCUCAGAACUGGGAGGUGCCCUUAAGCUUUGGGGUUGUAUUCAAGAAACUGCUUUAUAGAAGAAUUCUGCGGGGAUUCAUAUCGUUUUCUGAGAGGUGAUAUAUUUUGUUUUUGAGUGUGAAUGGGUGAAACCUGGCACUGAGAGUGAUGUGGAGAAGAAGCUGCCAUGAUUGCUCUCUCAGUAUGAAGGUGUGGUGAGAAGACAGCUGACAUCAGGAAAGUGUUUGAGAAGGACAUUGCUUAUGGUGGUUCAGCUCUGAUAGAGAUGUUCAUCCACACGUUUAAGGAGGAACUAGGACAUUUGCCUUCACAGUGAACUGAAAUGUACAAGUGAAAUAUUUUAGUUGUAUACACACACACACACACACACACACUGCAAGCUCUAAUUUAUCUACCAGACAACAUCUACCAGAAGUUACAAUGCUGGACUCCAAAACGAAGGACUUGUGUCGUAUCUGUGCACGGGAGCUGUACGGUAACCAGCGUAGAUGGAUCUUCAACCCGACAGCCAAGCUGAGCCUGCAGGUGUUGCUGUCGCACGCUCUGGGCAGGCAGCUGUGCCGGGACGGGCGCAGAGAGUUCUCCUGCAGUAAGUGUGCCUUCAUGCUGGACCGCAUGUACCGCUUCGACACGGUGAUAGCCCGUGUUGAGGCUCUGUCCAUCGAGCGAAUGCAAAAGCUUCUGCUGGAGAAAGACCGGCUUCGACAGUGCAUAGCCGGACUCUACCGCAAAAACAAUCCAGAAGAAAUUGAUUCCGAAAUGGUUAAAUCCACAGCAGAGGCUUCACUCGUAGACACGCCAGGCCCGUCUGAUGCCAAGUACAGCUCUCUGUUAGAAGAGGAUCUGACGUACUCUGUGUACGAGUGCUGGGCUGAACAUCAUUCUCAGGAACGCGCAACAGGUCCACACCAACAAGCUGCACAUCACCACCACCAGUGCCAUGCUGGAUCGGAAGCCGGCACAGCGCAGCGCUCCAGGAAGUGCAGGGGAUGCACCACAUUGCGAGUGGCCGACUCUGACUACGAAGCCAUCUGCAAAGUGCCUAGGAAGGUGGGCAGAAGCACCUCAUGUGGACCCUCAACCCGCUACUCUGUUAGCAAUCUGACCAGCACAGAAGAGACAUGCCCUGAAUCAGAACCUCAGGAGCCAGCCGCUCAGUCAUCAAGUCUGACAGAGAUCAGUCAAACUGCAGAAACCGCUGAGGAAGAAAACGUCAGUCUCAGUCCGGCAACAUCGAUCGAGUCACUGGAUGCCACAGGUGACGUCAGUCAGCCCUGCUCAUUAGUCCAUUCAGACCUCCUGCAGGGACAGAUGGAGGAGGAGAAGGUCAUGACCCAGAGGUCCAGUACAGAGCAGAGCCCCAAAACUGCAGUGGAGCUGGCUCUCAGCCUGGUCAAAAGCUUCGAGUGUCGUCCAGUCCGUGCUUUUCGAGGCAGCCGACUGCCUGUACCAAUCAAGCCUGUAGCCACGCACCAGAUCCCUCAGGCAGCAACAGACUGCCCUUUCUCUCUCCAACCUGCUGAUAUGGUUCCUCUCAGCAUCCAGCAGGAGCUGCAGCUGGACCUGGCUGAGAUCGAGGCACUUUGGAUGGAUGAUUAUGUUCCAUGUGGGCCUCUGGGCUUCCAGGAGAAGCUCAUUGCAGAGCAGCAGGAUCAGCUGGUGCAGUAUGAAAAUGCAACUGGUCAGUGUGUGACUGAACUGCAGAAGUCCCAGCUACAGGUCCAGUCUCUUCAGACUAAGAUCAGAGAGAGUGAAGCAAACAACAAGGAGCUGCAGCAGCGACUUGGUGUUAUGGAGUGUGAGCUGUUGUCUUUCCGGGAGACAGCACAAGGACAGGAGAGGACUAUCCAGACUCUAAGCGACUCUCUUAGCACCAAGGACAACGAGAUUGCUGAUCUCCACCAGCUCAUAGAGGAGCAGAAGCAGCUUCUGAUUUCUCUGAAGCAGCAGAACCAACAACACCAGCUGCAGAAAUUGCAGACGUCCACUACAGCACCUAGUCCACUGCAGGCCGAGCUGUUAGAGCUUCAGACCUCUUUAUUUUCAACCCAACUGGAGCUGCAGAGCGUCCAAAGAGCCCAGCGCCAGACCCAGAGAAGAGAGGAAGAGCUGGCACGUGCCAACCAGCGCCUCCUCUCCGAUCUCCAGGGGGUGCAGCACCAUCACCGGGAAGCCGAGAAACACAAUCAGGAGCUGCUUGCGGCUCUACAGAGAGCGCGCUCAGACCUAGAGCAGAUGGAAGAGAAGUGGAAGGAGGGAGAGAGAGACAAAGAGAGAGCGGUGGAGGAAAGAGAGAGAACCAUCAGGGAGAUGAAGACCAGGCUGCAGCACAGGGAGCAUCUGCUACACGACUACACUGAACUGCUGGAUGGGCAGAAAGAACCAGGCGGAAACAGAGACAUCCUCAUCCACAAGCUCAAGCUGCGCAUUCGGGAGAGAGACAGAGCCCUGGAGCGUGCAGUAGACGAGAGAUUUGUGUGUGUGGAGCAGAAGGAGGCCGAGGUGCGCAAGCUGCAGCUGCUCCUCCGAGAGAAAGAGAGGGACCUGCAGAAACUGCGCUGUGUGCUGUCCAACAACGAGGAGACCAUUACGAGUUUGGAGGUGUUGGUUCGAGGUAAAUCUGUAGAGCUGGAGCAGGUGAGUGAAGCCUGGAGAGGCAGCCAGCGUGUCCAGCGAGAGUGUGAGGACAGACACAACUGCAGCAUGAGAGAGAGAGACACACUCAUCAGCCAGCUCCAGACAGCGCUACACACACGCACAAAAGACACUGAGGAGUUAACAGCUGCUCUCCUCAGUAAGGUGCCACUGAGCUCCAGUGAGGUCGUGGAGAAGCUGAAAGCUCGGCUGCAGGUGAAGGAACGUCUUUUCCACGAGCUGCUGGCGGAGCACAGCCGACAGACACAGGAGCACCACACACACAUCCAGGAGCUGCUUAACGCCAUCCGCACCAGGGAGCAGUGUUUCAAGGAUUCAGCAGAGCGUGCAGGUCAGGUGAUGUCAGAGCAGGCGGCGCGUCUACAGGAGCUGCGCAGGCAGGUGGUGUCAGCAGGAAGCAGAUCACCGAGUACAUCAGAGCCUCCUGAAGAUGCACAGCUCCUCCAGGAGGAGCUCAAGCUGGUGCUUUCCAAAGAGAGGGAGGCACAGAGGGAGCUGUCCAUCCUGCGCUCCACCUUAGCAAACAGCCAGGAGCAGCUCCAGGCCCGGACUGCACAGCUGAACGCUUUGAACCACACGAGUAAACCUGAGCAUCCGGUAUCUAUGGAGACAGAGCAGGCAGCCAGCUCACACACUGAUACAGGAGACUCCACUUCAGAUGUAGAAGAGGAGGAAGAUGACGGCAAUAGUGAAUUCGCAGAGAGUACUGAAGAAGAGGAGCACUGCAGAGUGACAGCACAGGCUUUAGCCAAUACACAGGGCUACGAGCAGCAUGGAGGACCCACGCUAUCUCAGACUCCUGCAGAGGUGGAGGGCCAGGGGCUGGCUGAGGUGAAGCUGUUAGUGGAACAGAAGCAGGCGGUGGAGCGGGAACUGUGGGAACUAAAGGCUCAGCUGGAGAAGGCCGGCUUCACCUCUUUCUCUCAGAUGAGGAAAGCACUGCUCAACCUGCGUUCGGAGAACGAAGAGCUCCGAAACUCAGUGAGAACAAGUGAGGCGGAGGAAGAAACACACAGACUCUCAGACGAGCAGAGAGGAAGAGGAGUGCAGUGGCAGCCUCAACCCAGUGAGGGCAAGAAGAGAUGCAGCAGAGUGCUUUGUCUCGAGCCGGGAGCACAGCUUUCCCACUCCACACAGCCAGUGCAGCAAAAGCUGCAGGAGAGACUUAUGGUGUCUAAAACCACCAUGCAGACCCAAGCAGAGAGGCUCAGAGACUACAGAGAACAACUCAUGGAGACGCCAGUGCAGCAUGACAGCAAGCAGGUACAGGUGGACCUGCAGGACCUGGGCUAUGAAACAUGCGGCCGCAGUGAGAAUGAGGCUGAAAGAGACGACACCAGCAGCCCAGAAUUUGACGAUCUCGAGCUGUGCACAUCUCUCUCGUGCCGAGAUGGUGCGUCCCAGUGGUGGUCUGGUCUGAGUGCAGUGGACAGAGCAGGAGGUGAUGUUGCGUCUCUGCAGCAGCAGGUGGAGGAUCUGCAGGUGCAGCUCUCUCGCUCCCAGGCUCUGGUGCUCAGCCUGCAGACUCGCCUUCAGGACGCCACUCCAAACUCCACCCCCCGAAAGUCAAACCGGGACGACAGGGAGCUGCGGGAGCUGGUGACUCGUGUAUCAUCUCUGGAGGAACAGCUGAGGAAGGGCAAAGGUCAUGCUGAGGAGGAGGCCAAGAGCACUACCAGGACUGGGAAGUUUGACACACUGAUCCAGGCUCAAGCUCGGGAGCUCUCUCACUUGAGGCAGCGAAUGCGCGAGGGCCGGAGUGUGUGUCACAUCCUCACACAGCACCUGGGAGACACCACCAAGUCCUUCGAGGAGCUGCUGCGGGCCAAUGACAUCGACUACUACAUGGGCCAGAGCUUCAGAGAUCAGCUCGCCCAGAGCUCAGCACUGGCCCAGAGAGUCGGAGCCAAGAUCAGCGGCCGGGAUUAUUCUGAAAUAUCAGAUGACAAGACAGGUCAUGAACUUCUUGCGAUCCGGUUAAGUAAGGAGCUCCAGCAGAAAGACAAGCUCAUUGAGUCACUGCGCUCCAAACUUCAGCAGCAGCAGCAGCAGCAGCAGCCCCGUACAGAUACACCCACCAGUAGCCACUCCCUCUUAGGAGAUGCUGACCAGUUGGAGCUUGCAUCCUUUGUCAUGGAUGAACAGGGUUCCAACAAUGAAGACCUGGACUUAUGCUCAGAACUGGACACUGUCAGUGAGUUUGGCCAAGAGGAGGUGGCUGACGACUCGCUGCGGCCUGCGCCGUCACAUCCAUAUCCAUCCAACCCGCCAUCCGUCACUUCUUCACACGGCCACCAGUCCUCCAGCAGCUGUCCCAGCAUGCACUGCACCCCUCACAGGCUCAUGGAUGGCCUGAUACAGACAGAACUCAGUUCUGCCCCCUUACCCCAGAGACCCCAAUUUCUCUCUGCUCAGAUGGCUUUUCCGCCAUUUGACCCCCACACACAACACCCAAGACCCCGUUCUAGCACCACAGGGGGCUUCUCUCUGGCUGAGGUGCACCAGGAGCUGCAGAGGCUGCAGAGGCAGUUAGCGAACAGUUUUAGCGGUGCACAGGUCAAACCCCUGCCUGGUGUUUUCCACCAGACUGACUGCAGUAACUUUCCCCUACCAUCCCAGCAUGCCUUUCAGCAAUCUCCUUUUGCUAGUCUUCAUGCUAGCCCAAAUAUGACAUAUGGGGCUCCGCAGAAGAGAGAAAGCUCUUAUAAUGAUGUUUCCUCAAGCUCAUCAGGUUAUCAGUCUGGUGCACGUCACACAGGAACAGACUUGAUGGAGGAGCACCUGAGGGAGAUUCGCAGUCUCCAGCGACGUCUUGAAGAUUCCAUCCAGACCAACGAACGUCUAAGACAGCAGCUGGCAGAGAAACUAGGCUCCAAGAUACAAGAUGGAGGUGCUCCUACAAACAUCUACAUCCAGGGGCUUGACUCCGUCAGUCAGCUGUCUAAUGAGGUUCGAGUCCUUAAGGAGGAGAAUCAGGCUCUCCAGAGUCAGCUCCAGCAGGCGAGCAGAGAUGGCAUGAAGCAGGUGGAGCUGGAAGCGGAAAAGUGGGCGGGGCAGUUCAGGCAGCUGCAAGCGCAGAUGCGAGAGCAGACGCAGGCAGUUCUGCAGCUGAAGCAGGACAAACAGAUCAGCCAGGAGAAUGCUAACAGGCUCCAGCACGAAGUUAACGUUCUCCAGCAGCAGCUGAGUGAGAGCAGACGACUCGUGCAUUCGCUUCAGUGUGAAUUACAGAUAUACCAGAGGUUGCGUGGCACCACCCAAAAUAACAGUCAAGGACCAGAAGUGCAGGAGCUGCCGUCUCACAUGCACAUGCUGGAGCAGCAGCUAAGUGACAGGCUUGACCCGGACGUUCUCCACUUAUCAACUAGUAAACGGCUCUUCCAUGACUCGUCUCGCUCUCCUCCUGUUCGGGACACAGGACUCUUAAAUCCGGCCUCACACAUCUCUGCUCAGCUUCACUCCUCUGUUACUGGAUGUCACGAGGGUACAGUCCCAGAUGGCUCGUUUGCCUGCAGGACAGGGUGUCAUGUUGUGGGCCACUGGGACGACUUCAGCUCCCUGCAGCAGCAGCUCCUGGAGGGCAAAGUGCUCAUCUGCAAGAUGGAGGCAGCACUGCAGUCCAGCAUGGAGAUCAACCUGAAUGAGGGCUGUGUAAGCAACUUGCUGACCAGCACCAAGUCCUUAAAGCAGAUUCUGGAGGAGAUGGGGUCUCUCCUUAAGAUGUUCUGGAGGGCUGCUCUACCUAGCGCUGAGACCACAACAUCACAGCAUCAAAAGGAGCAAACUUUGAGAGAAGACGUUGUCUCUCUGAGGCACAAGCUCGCUGAACAGGAACAGACUCUAAGAGAUACGUUUGAGACCCUGAGAAACUCCAACCGCACCAAAGACAGCAUGGAGCAGUUCAUCGUCAGCCAACUGUCCAGGACACGAGACGUGUUGAAAAAGGCUCGCACAAACCUUGAGAAGAACGAGCUCAGGAUCAACUCUUUAGGCUGCUCCUUUUCUCCUCCCUCUCCCCAGUUUUUCUCCUUCACUCCUCCCUGGGCCACUAGAGGUGAAGUCUCAAGCACUGGACGCAGCUCCUCUCUUGGACCGAGUAUCGUGACUGCACCGAGUCAUGACCCACACAUGCGUGUCUCAUGGGUAGCGCCGCGCUUUGGCAUGCAGCGCCCUCUACAGACGUUCUCUGCUAGUGCACGAUCAACAGUCCACGCCGCUGCACCCACCCCAUGCUGAGCGAGCUCACAGCUCCUGCCUGCAAAGCUUCCACAUUUAAAGCUUUAGAAAUGUCACUGGUUGUUUGUUCUCAGGUAUCAUCAGCAGGUUCUGUAGCUUUUACUGUAGUUUAGAUCUCAGGUCAUUUGAUGUACGGGUGCCUUUUCUCAAAGUGGUAACCAUUAGCAUGAAACAAGUGGUCUUAUGAAAGGCUGCUGGCUUAGACUUUGGUGAUGGAGGAUGAAAAUGGUACAUAGCUGUAUUUGUUUAUGGUUUAUUAACAAAAAAAAACAAAUGAUGCUAUUUUCUGUUAACCUUCCUGUAUGUUCUAGUGUUAAUUACACAUACAAUGCCUUUAGAAAGAGCAGUGCUUCCCAAACUGGUUCUCUCUUCUUCCAGACAUUUUUUUCCUCACAUUACAUGAACCAGAUCUUCUGGAUGAUUGCAGUGGGUAUACUGGGAGUAAAAAAAUGUGCUCUUGGGGGUGGGGCUGAGAGCUAGCCUGGAAAACACUGAGAUUAGAUUUAAUUAAGCCAAGGCCUUUGAACCAUAAUAACAUCUGCCUGGAUUAAGAUUUGUUUAGGUUUAAGAGAAACAGCAAUACCAUACUGUGUGUGUGUGUGUGUGUGUGUGUUAAAAGAAUAAUACUGAUACUUUAACUGAUACUUUAACUAGGAAAAAGACCGAUGGUGCAAUGCGAUUAUAUGCAACUUACAAAGAGCGAGAACACUGAUGCUGCUGCUCACUUUUGAACACUGUAACUCUGAAAAGGGGAGGGGAAAAAAAACUAAAGUAAUUCUGCUGUUACUUCACAGAUUUAGAUCUGUGUUACUGCCAAGGCUUGAGCCUCCCACUUCUGUCUCCCUGUUGCAUUAAACUGGAUUAUGCCAAGCUAUAAGCUUCCAUAUUGAUCCAUUUUAUGGUCAGUAUUGAAAAAUAAUGGUCAAAUAUCCUUUCAAUUUUUGGUCCAAAAGCAGUAUAAUUUUUAUAUUACUAAUUGUUGUGUUACUGGAUACAUCGUACUGAUGGACCAUUUUUUUUUGUUUGUUUUUUAUUUUAUUUUUUGUACCCAAUGCCUGUAAAGUCCACGUAAUAGAAAACGGAUGUAGUUGUGAAAACACGGGUAAACUAUUUGCCCUGAGGCAAGACAAUCAGUGAGAGAAAUUGUCGAUCAGUUGCUACACUGUUGUACGCAAGGACGGGCUCCAAUUCUUCUGCUGUUCAAUAUCUCAUUAAGCAUGCGAUCGACUUCAGCUUGAAUAUGUACAAACCUUGUGCCAUGUACGAUAUACUAUAUUUACUGGAAGGCUGAAUUUCAACAUGAACUCCUUCCUGUUUGAUAUACAGUGUAUAGUACACAGACCUGGAUCAAUAGUGUUUACUACUGCACUUUACAUCAAAUGACCACAUUCAUCUAAGAGUGUGUUCAGUCACUAAGAGUCCGUUCAUGCCAAUUAAUCACAAACGCUAGACUUCUUUUUUUGAGUCAUGCUUUUAUAAACAUUUAAAAUCUUUGUACAUUUUUUAAUUUAAGGCUAAGAAACCAAACAGCACAAAAAAAGAAAAACCCACAAGACUAAUCAGCUAUCAAGUAAAACACAAGCAAUAGUAAAUAGUAAGCAGUAGUGAGACAUGGCCCACAGAUCAACUGUGAUUUGGUAGAAGCUGACUGAAUGUCAUUAUUGACGUAGGAAAGCUGAGGUGUGUGUGUGUGUGUGUGUGUUGCCCGUCCCUGUGAUUUAUUGUCUAUACUUGCGUUCGUUUCGGAAACAGAUAUGUUUGUGUGGUAGGAGUUGUUGUAAUAAAAAAAGGGGAAGAUUACAA